AUUUCUGAAUGGGUCCUCCUUCACAAAUAAUUGGUCUUUGAUAGUCAGGAAUAAGAAAUAUGCUAGCUUUGUGUUGAACAAAGAAGGAAAGAAACAAGAUAGCAUUCUUAGAAGCAAGGAGGAAAAUGUAAGUUGUGUUUUUUUUUAAUUGAGAUGGUUGCAGUUUGAGUUGGGGAUUGGCCUAGUAUUUUGCUUAUUUAAUAAAAUGGGAAAGACAUUGGUUAAGUUAUAUAAGUGAGUACUGUUGUCACUGUGAAGAAUAAAUUGACAUUGUCAAAGUGUGUGUAAAGGAGUAAAUUAUUGGUCUAAAGAGACUAUCAAUUCUUCUUUUGAUAAAGGAUUCAUCUGAUUUAAGGAAAACUAUUUCUUGAUAUACAGUGAUUAGAUAAUUAAGAUAAUUGAAAUGAACACACUUGGUAAUUUUUAUACUGGGCCAAUUAAUGAGGUAAUAACAGUAAAGACUAUUUUAGGCCUACAAGUUAGUGUUAUCUUACAUGAUUGAAUUAAUUAUCUAGAGUGACAGUAAAUCAAUAGAAGAUGGGAGAGGCUGAAAGCAGAUCUAAAUCAUCUUCAGGAUUCCUUCCAGAAUGGAGUUUGGCCUUCUGGACUCUGUGUUCAGUGAUGGUACCAGUGAUGUUCACCUUGUGGUGCAGUUUUCGGCGAUCUCGGAGGCAAGGACUUCUGCAGGUUGUCUUGCAUAAAAGCAAACAUGAUUGGCAAGAUAUAGACUUCUUUAGCCAGCCUACCUAUUGCUGUGUCUGCACUCAACAUAUUCUCCAGGGAGCUUUCUGCAACUGCUGUGGGCUGUGUGUUGAUGAAGAAUGCCUGAAGAAAGCUGAUGGCCAUUUCCUAUGCAAGGAAAUUGUGCCAAGAAACCAAGAUGGGAGACCGGCUUCUAUGGUGCACCAUUGGAUCCGAGGCAAUGUUCCACUGUGUAGCUACUGUGUGGUGUGCAAACUACAAUGUGGUACUCAACCUAAGCUCUGUGAUUACAGGUGUAUUUGGUGCCAGCAAACUGUACAUGAUGAUUGCAUGCAGAGUUCUUUGAAGAAUGGGAAGUGUGAAUUGGGAGAGUUUCGCAACCUCAUUAUCCCCCCAAUUUACUUGCUCAAAGUCUGUCAGAUGCGUAAAAGUAAACACAUGGAUGACUACAAGCUAUCUGAGUCUUAUGGGAAAAAUUGGACCCCAGUAAUAAUUCUGGUCAAUACUCGGAGUGGAAACACUAUGGGGGAAACACUGUUAGGACAAUUCAAGAUCUUAUUAAAUCCAAUUCAGGUGUUUGACCUAACCAAAACAACUCCAGCAAAAGCACUCCAGCUUUGUACCUGGCUACCUAGCAAUUCUGUCAGAGUCCUUGUUUGUGGUGGAGAUGGCACGGUGGGUUGGGUCCUGGAUGCAAUUGAUGGCAUGAAACUAAAGGUAUUCACAAUGAAUAACUAUUUUUCAGUAGGUCCAGAUGCCCUUAUGGCUUUAAACUUUCAUGAGCACCGUGAGAAGACUCCGUCUCUUUUUACUAGCAGGAUUAUUAACAAGGCUGUGUAUUUUUUUUAUGGAACCAAAGAUUGCUUAGUUCAGGAAUGUAAGGAUCUAAACAAAAAGAUUGAGCUAGAGUUGGAUGGAGAGAAGAUCGACUUGCCCAGUUUGGAGGGGAUCAUAGUGCUAAAUAUUGCCUACUGGGGAGGUGGCUGUCGACUAUGGGAAGGAAUGGGGGAUGAACUUUAUCCUCUAGCAAGGCAUGAUGAUGGACUGCUGGAAAUUGUUGGAGUCAAUGGCUCAUUUCACUGUGCACAAAUUCAAGUGAAGCUUGCAAAUCCUGUCCGGCUGGGACAGGCCCAUACAGUAAGGUUGAUCUUGAAGAACUCAAAGAUGCCAAUGCAGGUGGAUGGGGAACCUUGGGCACAAGGCCCUUGCACCAUCACUAUUACUCACAAGACCCACGCACUGAUGCUCUAUCACUCAGGUGAACAGACAGACGACGAGGUGUCCAGUGUGUCUGAACAGGAGCUGACAAAAGAUCAAACUGAUGAAGACACAUAGAUCUUGAUCCAGGCUUGGCCUGCUAACUAGUAAUGGUAGUUCAGCAUGGCUUCUGCUGAAGAACCCUUGCACUACGAUCGUGGCUCUCACAGAGGCUGUACCAUCUCUGCUUUUAUGAACGGCACAGGAAUAAUAAAAAAGCUAGACUUUUGAGGUGUAUCCCAAAAUCUGAGCCAAGUUCAGCAUUCCAGCUUUGAUAGAGAUAUAUCUAUAUCUCUCUUUCUAUGUGUAUAUAUAUAUAUAGCAUCAAGAAGAAAAACAGCAGGGUGGAGGAACCUUUCAUGGUAACCGUUUAUUGAUGCUCUUUUUAGUAGACCUUGAAAAAGUGUGUGUAGUCCUGCGUAAUUGUAAUCGUUACCAGGUUUGUAAUUUGAGGCUUGAAGGCAGUUCUUCCACUAACUGCCCAAAGCCACUUAUGGCAGGGAGGGGUUUCAAAUACUAUCCUCCUGCAGACCUAGCACUGCCUGAUCAGGAAUAUUAUAUGGAGUCAGCUGUUCCUUUUCUCUCCUUUCCUCGCCUCUUUUGGUAAUGCAUUCCAUUUUUUUUUCCAGACCUUAACAUGGGACAGUGCCGGGACCAUUAUUUUUUGCUCUCUUUUUGAAAAUGGAAGGGUGAAAAAUGGGGAAAAGUUGUAUGAGGGGAAAAAGCCUUCAUAAAUGUUGCAGAGUGCUCCUGUGGGCAAAAACUAUGUCUGCAUUAGGUUCACAGACAGCUUCGAGUUCAGUGUUGUUGAAUAGGUAGUAUUAUUAGUGGCCAACCUGCUGCAGACCACGCCGGUUGAUAUUCGUACCUUUUUUGCAAUCCUGAAUAGAGCAAGGGCUAGAUUUGUAUGCUGCCUAUUCAGUCAAUAUUGGUAAGGUAUUUGGAGUUCUCAACGGAAAAUGCUUGUUAUUUGGAAUAUUUUUUUUUAGGUUGUUUUUUUUUAUGAUGUGCUUUGUUUCUAAUGUCUGUUACACUGGUUUAUUUACACAAAUGACAGUUCUAAUUAGGACUCCUCAGUUAACUGUUUCAACUUUGGAAAUUGCUUUUAGAUUCAUUUGAUAGGAAACGCAGGUUGCUGCUAGAAUGCAAAAUGUAAGGAAGUUACCCUGUUUUCCCGAAAAUAAGACCUCUCUGUAUAAUAAGCCCAAUCGGGCUUUUGAGCGCAUGCACUA